AUGCAUGCUCUGAGCAAUUUCAUCCUCAUCGCACUGACUGCCCACACAUUCAUACCUGACCUUCACCGCGACUCAGUGUUGGCAUCACGGAAAGAUAGAAGCUAUCGACAAGAUGGAGAAGUAGACAAGCACCAGCCGCCUUCGCGCGACGACUCUAUGAGACCGAUCUCGAUUGAGCUCGAAUUAGAGAAGAGGAGUGGGAGCAGCGCAGCGGCUGCCGGCAUGACGGUCUCGUUGAAUACACCCAAUGUUGUGCGCUCGUUUCUGAACCCUGCAGCAAAAACUCCUACCAAUCGCCAACCGGAGGUCGUCAUCGUAUUGCGCAAUAACAUGGCUCCAAAACCAUCGCUGGUCGGGUGGUAG